AUGAACAAAAACGGAACAGCUAAAAUGAAUGAUAAUCAAAUAAGAGCCGAAGGUAGAAGGUUAUUUAAACGCUUCUAUAACAUUCCUGAUGGUGUUAAUCCUAAAACUCGUAGAAGUUAUUUAAAUGAAGCCAUAGAUGCAUAUGAAGGAUUUGACAUUUCAUCAGAAAGUGAGAGGUUAGCAAGAAUGUUAAACGUUAAUAUUGAUUUUUAUUAUUGUGACCCUCAACCAGAAGACGUAGACAUAAAUAAGGUAGACUUUCCAUUAGUGGAAUCAAUAAUGAUAGAUCCAGAAUUUGAAACAGUAAAUAUUUUAUUAACACAGAGUCCAUGUGGAAAACUUCACGCUGACAGAAUAACAGACGUUGAAGCACUCACCGGCUAUAAAGUUUGCCCCUUUUGCAAAGAAGAAGUAUAUUCUAUCCGUGAUGACCCAGAAAGGAAAAACCAAAGAAGAUUUUUAAAACAUUGUGAGAAAUGUAAAGAAAAUAAUGGAAGAUUAAUUCAAGACGUUCAAUUGCAAAACACACAACAACCAUAUG